CAUGCAAUGACGACACUUCAGGCUUUCUGACAUGGGCUCUUGUGGCUGCCCGCUAUCAGCAUCCAUCGCAUCGCCAACAUCCCCGCACUCGAUUAAUGAAUUCCGCUCUUAUCAAUUCUCACCAAAGCAUCACAUCUUUAGCUGUAUAACCUCUUCGAGAAGGUGCAGAGCAGCCUCCCAGCGUUAUCCUGCAAUUGCCGGCAUCCGCGGCAGAGAAGCUUACUCCAAAGCUUGAGCUGACGUGUGCCUGUAGAUCUACCGUGUAGCCGAUGAAGAAGUGGGAGAACCUUGCUUGAACCUGUUUGACCGUCUUUGGUCGUGCUGUUUAGUGUCUGGACCCGCGCCGUCCGGCCCGCUAGUCACUGUACAUAUGUGACCUCUGGUCAUCCUGCACCACACUCCGAGACGUCUCACACACACCUUCCAAUACCAUGCCCGACAACACACCACGCGGCGCGUCUGCGCAAGGCGUCGACGAGGAAACCCCGCUGCUCGGCCGAGUCGCAAAAAGUUCGGAAUCGUCGCACCUCAGCAGGCAUCUCAGGCAGGAUGUCAGCCGUAAUUGGGCGGAUGCCGUGUUGCUAUUUGGCUACAUCAUCACGGGACUACUGGAUAGCUCGGCCGUCUUCAUCUGGGGCAGCUUCGUGAGCAUGCAGACGGGAAACACUGUGUAUCUCGGUCUGGGACUAAUCGCGCCCUUUGAAGGCAUCAGAUGGGUCAAGGCGCUCACUUCGAUUGUCUCGUUCUGUGUCGGUUCGUUCUUCUUUGCGCGCUUUCACCGCUACUUCUCGCCCAAGAAGCGCUGGGUGCUCAUUGCGAGCUACUCUGCGCAGCUGCUUCUCAUUGUCGUGGCUGCGGUCAUCGUCACGGUCGGCGACGACGCGAAGGACCAGCUGCAUUGGCAGGUUCUGGUUCCCUUAGCUUCUGUCGCGUUCCAGUCGAGUGGACAGGCUGUAACGUCACGCGCAUUACAGUUCAAUGGUCUGACGAGUGUUGUCCUUACGAGCAACUACUGCGAUUUGUUCUCUGAUCCAAAGCUGUUUACUUGGGAUAACGUGGAGAGAAACAGGAGGAUCGGCGCGCCCUUGUUGCUUCUUUUUGGUGCUUGUCUGGGAGGUCUGUGGGCACACAGUGGCGUUGGUCUCGCGGGAGCGCUUUGGACUGCGGUAGGGUUGAAAAUGCUGAUUGUUAUUGCGUGGAUGUUCUGGACAGGGGAGAAGGAUGAGGAAUAGUCAGGAGCCUUUGUCAUUGGUGAUGGCCUGGUUUCCUGGUGCGGAAAUCCCUUUCUUUCACUUGACCUCCCGACGGUUAGGCACCGCACGCACAAUGGAUCUCAGACAAUUUUGUAUUGCUA